UGAAAAGUUGAAAAUCGAUUAAAGAGAAAAAAUAAAAAAUAAUAAUUGUGCUGAGAGAGAGAGAAGAAGAAGAAGAAAGGCUCAUUUGUCUCGGAAGAAGCAAAGGGAAACCAACAAAAAAAAAAGGGUCAUAGCUUUCUUUCACACGAAAUCUCACGAGCCGCCUUAUUCUUCUUCUUUCUCUGUCUCUUUCGAAAAAGAACAAAAAUCAAAGCAAAAAAAUCAGAGCUUUGUGAGAACGGAAGACCAACGGCGUUUCUCUCCGGUGAAAUCUCAGCCGUUGGAUCUGAGAAAUCGCCGUUUUCAGUGGAGGAGUCUUUGGUUUAAAUGAAAGUUUUGUUUUUUCUUUGUAGUUUUAAUUUUUGUUUUGAUCGUUAUCAGAAAAGUAGGUAGCGAAAAAGAGGUUUUUACGAAAAGCAGAUUGACUGGUAGCUGAAGAACAACGGAGGAGAAAUAUAGAGAGAGAGAGAGAGAGAGAGAGGGUAAAGAUAAACCCUAAAGGUUGAAACUUGGUUGACGAAAAUGAGCUGAAAAUUUCUUCGUCUUGCUUUAUUUUUUCCCUCUGGGUUACUUCAAGAAUCAGUAGGAAAAAAUAAAAAAAGUGCCAAUUUUGUUGAAGAUGCCGGUAGAUUUAGAUAACACCUCCACAUUUUCCGGCGAGGCAAGUGUCUCCUCCACCGGAAAUCAAAACCCACUUCCGAAAAUCGCCGGAAAGAAGAAACGAAACCUCCCCGGCAUGCCCGAUCCAGACUCAGAAGUCAUAGCUUUGUCACCAAAAACCUUACUAGCAACAAACCGAUUCGUCUGCGAAAUCUGCAACAAAGGAUUCCAGAGAGACCAGAAUCUGCAGCUUCACCGUCGAGGUCACAAUUUGCCGUGGAAACUCAGACAGAAAUCGAGCAAAGAAGUCAGGAAAAAGGUUUACGUCUGUCCUGAGUUUAGCUGUGUUCAUCACGACCCUUCACGCGCUCUAGGAGAUCUCACCGGAAUCAAGAAACACUUUUGUCGGAAACACGGCGAGAAGAAGUGGAAAUGCGAUAAAUGCUCCAAGAAAUACGCUGUUGUGUCUGAUUGGAAAGCUCACUCGAAGAUUUGUGGCACUAAAGAGUAUAAAUGCGAUUGUGGUACUCUGUUUUCUAGGAGGGAUAGCUUUAUAACGCAUAGAGCUUUCUGUGAUGCUUUGGCUGAAGAAAGUGCGAGAAGCCACAAUCAUCAUAGUAAGAAGCAGAAUCCGGAAGUUUUGACCCGGAAGAAACCAGUACCCGACCCGAAAUCAGUAGCUGCAGCUACUUCACCUUCGUCUCCGAAUCCCUCGGUUGCUCCGGUGGAAACUCAGCCUGCUAAGAUCAAACCUCCUCCGGUUUUAACGAUUAAGCAAUCAGAAUCCCCAAAAACCCCUCCUGAAAUCUUGCAAGAAGCUCCAAGACCGACCGGUGUACACGUUACAAGAAACGGCGGCUUCGCAGGCUUAUUCGAAUCUUCAUCAGCUUCUCCAAGCAUAUACACAUCUUCGUCUUGUUCUUCUUCACAGAGUCUAUUCGCGCCAUCCUCGUCGAUCGAACCAAUCUCAUUGGGUCUCUCAACAAGUCAUGGAUCGUCAUUUCUCGGGUCGACCCGGUUCCCUACUCAGCCGGCAAUGUCAGCAACCGCUCUGCUUCAGAAAGCAGCUCAAAUGGGAGCAGCUUCUUCUGGAGGUUCGUUGCUUCGAGGGUUGGGCAUAGUUUCAUCGUCUUCACCUUCUAUGGACUCAAUAGCCCCUCAUGGUUUAGGAUUGGGACUGCCUUGUGGCGGUGAAAGCAGCUCGGGUUUGAAAGAGCUCAUGAUGGGGAACUCAUCGGUGUUUGGUCCGAAACAGACAACAUUAGACUUUCUCGGGUUAGGUAGAGCGGUUGGCAAUGGCGGUGGUCCCGGAAACGGACUAUCCGCUCUAGUCGGAGGAAGCGGCGGCAUAGAUGUGGCGGCUACGUUUGGAUCAGGAGAGUUUUCAGGGAAAGACUUUGGUAGAAGAACAUCAUCGUGAGUACAGUAAGUUAGUAUGUUUAAGAGAUUGUGGAGUUUCUAUGUUUUUGUUCAAAUUAGCUUUAGUGUCAGGUGAACUAAAGAGUAGUAAACGAAGAAACUAAAACUUCCAUUUGAAAGAGAAGGUUUAAGAUUUGAAUUUAUUUUUGCAGCUAAUUUUACGCUGAUUAAUUAAUAUCUCUGUUAUUCUUAAACGCAAAGAAAUCUCUGUUGAGACGACGACUGAUGAUGAUUUGACUCUAAAAUUACGUGAGAAUGCAAU